AUCUUCUGCCAGCCGUUGAGCGUGAGCGCGCACGUUGAAGGAGGGAUUGAUUGAAUCGAAUUGUUCUACGAUUGAUUCUUUUCACACAAGGGACAAAGUGCAGCUAAGUAGAAGAAUAGAUCUUUGUGUUAAAAAAAAAAAAAAGUAUAAGUACUGAUUUAGUUAUUUUACUAAAGUUUACAAAAGUUACAAAAAAAGUACAGACCCUGUAAAGAAAAGUAUAAACUUUAUAUUGCAAAAUAGCAACGCGACAAGAUUUGCCAAAACUGGCAAAAUGCUGAGUCUCGUUGGAAAGGUCACUUCAACUACUACAUUUCACCUUAUACUACACAAAACACAUAAGCUCCGCACACAUAUGUAUACAUAUACAUAACUGUUCAAAAGUUUAGGGGUCAAUGAGAAAUGUCCAUUUAAAAAAAGAACAAAUGAAAAUUUUAAAACCACAUUAACAACGUCUGUUUUUUAAAAGUUUUUUUAAAUGUAAUUUACGUGCUCUAUCCAAUCAGUUUAUAACUGUAUUAAGGUUUGCCAAUGUGCUUUAAUCAGUUUAAAAGUGUAUUAAGGUUCGCAAAUGUGCCGACAAAUGAUGUUUCCAUUUUAUGUUUCGGUGAGUACAUGUAUAGCUUACACUAAUGUAACAUUUUGUGUCCAACAAAUUUGUGCGUGCGUCUUUAGUGCAUGCAUUAUGACUGUAAGCCCCACACAACAUGGCCGCCGCCUCAGCCAAUAUUUCCUAGUGUUUCCGAAAACGUUGCCUUAUCAAGUACUUUGUUACCCCUUUAAAAAACAACAACAUCAGCCUGAAACCAGAAACAUCAUCUGUAAUUUGCUACAGAAACUGUAAGUAAUUCAAAGUAGUCACUUUUAGGGGGUUGUAAUAUCUGCAAUGUUCCAAUGCGUUCGUUCCUAACAGAAGUCAAAGGCGUUUGUUAGCUUCUUUUAAACGAGUUACACAAUUGCACAGCCUACUAGUUAAACAAGACGUUUCUAUUGUGUUUUCUCACAAACAUCAAGCCACAUGUACGUUAUCUGAAAAUCUAAUGUGCUAUUUUAUUCUUUGUUAGACUAAAGGGGGUGGCGAUAUUUCAGUCAUUUAGGAGUGAAAAUUAAACUAGAACAUUUCAUACAUAUUUUAAAUCCAGUAGUAGUGAGUUUAUCCAAUAUUAGUCAAUUGUUUUGGAGAGUAUGUUUUAAAUGUGUGAUUUUACCCUACCUAAAGUGGUUAAGCACAUCUGGCUCAUUGUUAGAGGUUUCAGGUUCGAAUCUCAGCAUGCGUGGAGUUUGCAUGAACUCUGUCUUUCUUACACAUUGCAAAGACAAUUUCAGUGUGAAUGUUUUUUUGUUUUUUUUGGGUCUGUAUAUCUCCCGACUCCCCAGGUUAGCGUUGUCCAUGUUGACAAAGAAGCUCCCCCCCUUGGAGAGCUUCCUUUUACUGGUCUCCAGACGCGCCAGUCAUUUUACCAGACAGCAGUAUGACGUCAUCGUGGUGGGCGGGGGUCACGCGGGCACCGAGGCGGCGGCGGCGGCAUCCCGAGUGGGUGCACAGACGCUGCUGGUCACGCAGAAAGUACAAACCAUCGGUUCCUUGUCGUGCAACCCCUCUCUGGGCGGAGUAGGGAAGGGUCACCUGGUGAAGGAGGUGGAUGCUUUGGACGGCGUGUGCGGGCGAGCGGGAGACUGGGCCGGCAUCCAUUUUUCCAUCUUGAAUCGCAGGAAAGGUCCCGCUGUGUGGGGGCCACGGGCUCAGCUGGACCGCCAACGCUACCGCCAAUUCAUUCAGUCCGAGCUGCUGUCCACUCCCAGACUGACGGUGCUGGAGGGAUCAGUGGAGGAGCUUCUUUUAACAGAAUCAAACCCGGAAGAGCCCGGACGCCACAGAGUCACUGGAAUACGUUUGGCAGGCGCAAGCCUCUCGAUCUCGGCCCGCUCCGUGGUUCUUACCACCGGUACUUUCCUAUCGGGCUCCCUCUUCAUGGGUCAGAACACAUCCCCAGGGGGACGGAUCGGAGACGCCCCGUCCGGCGCCGGAAUGUCCCACUCGCUGAGGGAGCGCCUGGGGCUGAAGAUGGGCCGACUCAGGACGGGUACGCCUCCCAGAAUACUGAAGGCUUCGGUGGACUUUCACGAAGCUACGCUACACCCAUCUGAUAGUCAUCCGAGUCCCUUCAGCUUCCUCAAUAGCCACACACACUGCAAGGCUGAGGAACAGCUACCGUGCUACUUGACCUAUACCACACCUGGUGUGGAUAAAGUGGUGAAGGAGAGUCUUCAUCUCAACUGUCACAUACAGCAGGACACGAAGGGCCCCAGGUACUGCCCGUCAAUUGAAGCCCGAGUACUUCGCUUUCCGGGUCGGCAGCAUCAGGUGUGGCUGGAGCCUGAGGGGCUGACCUCUGACCUGGUGUACCCGCAGGGUCUGUCCAUGACCAUGCCCGCUGACAUGCAGCUGCGCCUCAUCAGAGAGAUCCCAGCCUUACACAGAGCUGAAAUCCACACACCCGGCUAUGGCGUGCAGUACGACUUUGUGUGCCCCACUCAGCUGAGCCCUGCACUGCAGGUGAAAAGCACCCAAGGUCUCUUCCUGGCUGGGCAGAUUAACGGGACCACGGGGUAUGAGGAGGCUGCUGCACAGGGCUUGUGGGCGGGGGUCAACGCAGCCCGCACGGCGCUCUCUAUGCCCACAGUGGCGCUGUCUCGGACCGAGAGCUACAUCGGAGUUCUGAUUGAUGACCUAGUGGCUCGAGGUGUGACGGAGCCUUACCGGAUGUUCACAAGUCGGGCCGAGUUUCGAACGUCUCUGAGGCCGGACAAUGCUGACCUGCGACUUACCCUGAAAGGCUUUGAGGAAGUGGGAUGCGUGUCCUCCCUGCGCUACCAGCAGACUGUGAGAGUGAGGGACAGUCUCCAGGAUGCGCUUGCAGCUCUCCACGAAGUCUCUCUGUCUGCCACAAACUGGAGACGUAAACUGCCAGGCGUGCCCAUCAGCGAGACGAAGCCCGCCAAUUUGACUGGUUUGGAGAUGCUGCAAUACGACGACGUGUCCUUUGAAGUGGUGGCCUCAGUCUUCCCAGAAUGCCUUUCACCGUACACAGAAUUCUCCCAAAGGCUGAAGAUAGAAGCUGUGUACAGGCCUCACUGCGUCCUCCAGCAGAAGGAGAUCGAGAGAAUUCAAAAAGAGGAGAGCAUGUCUCUUCCACAGGACUUGGACUAUUUGUCUCUGCCGGUUUCUCUGUCACAGGAGGUCCGGGAGAUUUUGGACAGAAUGCGACCCAGCACGCUGGGCGCUGCUACACGUUUGCAAGGAAUAACUCCGGCUGCAAUUGUCCACCUUCUCAACUACGUCCGCCACUCGGGGAGAAAGGAGAAAAGGACGCACAGCAACUAGCCAGUCCGGCAGGAGAAGCUGAAUACAAAAAAAAAUACACCUUCAACCCACAUGCUGUUACUAAAAAAUUACAAAAAUAAGUUUUAUUUUAUUCUGAGGGGAAAGGAUUCAAGUUACAGAUGAGAACCCCCUUUUUCCUUUAGUGCAGUCUUGCACGAGUGCACCCUCAGCCAAUGUGUGUAUCGAAUUUCUUGGACAAAUAAAGCGAUGCCUUCCUCAAACUUUCAAUAACCAAACCAUCUACGAUCCAGUUCCCUGGUGAAGAAUUCUAAUCCUGUUGGGAAACUGGCUGUAAGCAACGUUGAACUGUAAGUGACCUUAACUGUAAUAAGAAUGAGUCUGUCCAGCUCAGCAGUGCCUCUGGUGAAGACGCCAGUCAAGCAGAGCGCGUCCUCAAGGUGACCCAGUCUCCAGCACAGUUUUGGGGUAAACCGUCAUGUCGGCAAAUGCGACCUCGGUGGUGAGAGCGAUGGUUGACGACAAAGGGCACUGAAAGACACAACAGAGGGUUUAUUUUCAGAAUGGAAGCAUUGUUUGGGUGGUUAACAGCAGGGUUGCAAAGGGGAUAGAACAUUGACGGCAAAUUGCCAUGGGAAGUUAAGAUGGGACAUUUUGGAACUAUAUUCAAAUUGGAAACUUUCUAUGUGAGGUGAGGGUCAUUUAAUGGAAACAUAUCUAAGCAUAAAGAUAUGGGCCAUUCCUCAGAAUUGUUGCUAUUUGCAUCAUCUGGAAAUAACAUGUAUAAAUGAUAGUUGUUUUUUUUUUUUUUAAUUAAGCAAAGUGUCCAGUACAUUUAUCCGAUUGUAUUGUAUUAGAAUUAAUUUCAACUGGAGGGUCAAUAAAGGACUAUAAGAAAGCAAGAUUCAGUCUUAGUAGUUGUUACUAUGUUAGCGCCUGAGCAUCCUGUUGUGAACACGCAUGUCGUCCGGGCACUGCUGGAUAGAACUGCUUGUGUAACAGUGGUCAAAUCUGAGAUUUUGGAUCCAGUCUGAUAUAGUACUUGUUUUUUUGCUGACAUCGGAAUGAUUUCCAAUCGCAAAGAUCGGAUCGGGACACCCCUAAUGAUGAUGAUGAUCGUGAUAUUUCAACUAUGAUUGCGGUGGGUAGAAGUUGGGGCAGUACUGUUGCCUAAAAUAAUUUUUGGGGGAUAUUUUUGAAAUAAAACAAAAUGUUGAA